CCAAUCAGAUGGCGGCUACGUGUGCGGCGUCAUCAGAGCUCAGAGCAAUAACAAUAACAAGCUCGGUGACAAAGCCAGCUGCUGCGGUAGCACCGGCACAGGAGGUGUGUGGCGGGAGAAGAGAGCGGAGACAUGUCUCAGCACGGAGGACACGGUGUGCAGGAAGAGCCUCUGCAGGGUUCCUGGGUAGAGCUGCAUUUCAGCAACAACGGGCAUGGUGGAGUACCACCUCUAGUGGGCCAAGAGCAAGUGCCCGCCUCAAUCUCCAUUCAUAAUGGUGACAUGGAAAAAAUACUUCUGGAUGCCCAGCAUGAGUCUGGACGGAGCAGCUCUAGAGAGAGUUCACAUUGUGACAGCCCUCCCCGAUCUCAGACCCCCCAGAGCAUCCAGAGGCUGAGCGACAGUGAAACCCAGGGCAGCAAAGGAAAAAGCAGCUCCCAGUCAGAAGAAGAUUAUAUUGAACGGAGGAAAGAACUGGAAAACCUUUUGAAGAAGAAUUCAGACUGGAUUUGGGAUUGGUCCAGCAGGCCUGAAAAUAUCCCUCCCAAGGAAUUUGUCUUUAAGCAUCCGAAGCGUAGCUCCGCUCUGAGCAUGAGAAAUACAAGUGUUAUGAAGAAGGGUGGGAUUUUCUCUGCAGAAUUUUUAAAAGUUUUCCUUCCUUCCUUGCUAUUAUCCCAUCUGCUGGCUAUUGGACUGGGGGUUUAUAUCGGAAGACGUUUGACGACCUCCGCCGGUACAUUCUAAAAUGGAGAGAGCGGAGAUUUAUUCAAGCAUGAGAAGAGAGCAGACCUCCGGUCAUCAUAUUCUGCUCUGUAAAUGAAUGUUGUUUAUAAAGCCUAUUAUUAGUGGGGAGGGGAUAGUAACCUCUUUAAUGAAGAUAAUCAUUUCAUUCAGAUCCAUUGGCAUGUUCCAGGCGUUCAUCCACUGUGAAUUGUAGUUUAAAAAAAAAAAUGUACAGGUGAAAAAAAAAUGAUUAAGCCUACUUGUUUAGUUGACAUUCGCUUGAUUUCAGUAGCCAAUAUACUGCCAAUGGUAGAGAAUAAUCUCGUUGCCUCCAUACUGGGCUUUGUAUGUUGCCAUGGUUCGGUAGAGUCCAUAGGUGUACAUUGUGGUGGUACUUUUUUUUUUUAGCUAAGGCUGCAACAUAAGAAAUGGGGUCAACAGUGUUUUCAAAUGCUAUUCAUUGAACGUUGAUCCUCACUGAUGAAUACACUAAACAUUGUUGUCUUAGGGCAGGAAAAGCAGCGUCGCUCUUUAUAAGAAAUAGUAGAGCAGAGAACGGCUUAAAGUUUAAGUCUGGCCAGGGAAGCCCCUCUACCCCCCCCCCCCCCCCCC